ACAUUCGUCAAUCAUCCGGUCAAGGCCGUUCUGUCGAAAACAACGCAGUCUGAGUCUCAACACUUUUUGUACACUAUCAACAAGCUGAAUAUUAUACAUUGUCAAGAUGAGCAGUUCGUCUGGUCAAGCGAUUGAUGUGGAACCUUUGACAUUAACUAGGUUCAUUUUAGCUGAACAGAAGAAACAUCCCCAUGCAACUGGAGAUUUUACAGCUCUUAUGAACUUCAUCCAAACUGCAGUGAAAGCGGUGUCAUCAGCCGUACGAAAGGCAGGAAUACACAGAUUGUUUGGAAUCUCUGGAAUAGCAAACACAUCAGGAGAUGAACAGAAGAAGUUGGAUGUUUUAGCUAAUGAUCUGUUUAUUAAUAUGUUAAAAUCCUCAUAUUUAACAUGUUUGUUAGUGUCAGAGGAAAACGAUACAACUAUUGUAGUGGAACCAGAGAAACAGGGAAAAUACAUUGUGUGUUUUGAUCCAUUAGAUGGUUCAUCAAACAUUGACUGUUUAGUUUCCAUAGGAUCUAUAUUUGGAGUCUACAGGAAGGCAGAUGAUGAACCAGUGACCACAGCUGAUGCCCUUAGACCAGGAACAGAACUGGUGGCAGCUGGCUAUGCUCUGUAUGGAAGUGCUACCAUGAUUGUUUUAUCAAUAGGAAAUGGUGUCAAUGGUUUUAUGUUGGAUCCUGCUAUAGGAGAAUUUAUUUUGACUGAGCCAGAUAUUAAAGUAAAACCAAGGGGGAAAAUCUACUCAAUCAAUGAAGGAUACUCACAGUACUGGGAUCAAGCAACAGCUAAAUAUGUGGAGAGCAAAAAAUACCCAAAGAGUGGAAAGCCUUAUGGUGCCAGAUAUAUAGGAUCUAUGGUGGCUGAUGUUCACAGAACUCUAGUCUAUGGUGGAAUAUUUAUGUACCCUGCCACAUCAGAGGCUCCCAAAGGAAAGUUACGUUUAUUGUAUGAAGCCAAUCCCAUGGCCUUCCUUGUUGAACAAGCUGGAGGUACAGCGACAACAGGGAAAGAAAGGAUCCUAGAACUCCAACCAACAAGUCUUCAUGAACGUUGUCCAGUCUUCAUGGGGUCUAAAGAUGAUGUUCAAGAUGUUCUAGACAUGUACAAAUCAUUUGGUUAAUUUCACAGACUAUUGUUUGAGCUUUGUGAUAAUUUUAUUUAUUUUCACAGCUACAUAUUGCAAUUUUGUCUGUCUUUUUUACUGUAUAAAAUGACAGUGCCAUACUUUUUGUCAUAAUGUCUUGGGGUUUGUAGAACUAAUGUUUUAAUUAGAUUAAAGUGUUAAUGGAGUAGAAAACUAGUUUUAUAUAUUUUGGUGUCAUUAUUGAAAAAUGAAUAAUUUUCUUUACAUCCUUUAAAUAAAUAUUUAAACAGAUUCUCUUUAAUAUCAUGUCUGAACUCCUUGUAGUUUGGAUUCAUCAGACUGUCUUAAGCUUGUUUUUUGUUUAUUCAAAAUUAUAUUAUGUUGGAAAUUAUUUUUAUAUGGUUGUUUAAAUUUUUUAACUUGUUAUAUAUGAGAAGAGAACUAAGUUGUUUUUAUCAGUUUAAUCAAACAGUUUGAUCUCAGGUUUUCAUGAUUGUUUUGUGAAUUUUGCAUUCUUGCUCACCUACGCAUCUGCCAUCAUUAUAAGCUUGAAUGAGAAGGAAAGUUGUUUUUUGUCUGUUUUUGAAAAUUUGAUUCAGGUUACUAUAUAAAGCUUAAUGGAUAUUUGGAAUCAUAAAUUAAAUUUUAAAAAAAAACAUUGAUGUUUUUAGGUGUUGAGAGUUGUAUUUUUUUUUUUAGAAUAGACAAUUGAAAUCCACCAUUUUUUUGAAUUUACAGAAAUGCAUAAUUGUUCUUAUUUAUGAUUUGUCUCAUUUUCUUUUAGUUUCUAAGAAAAAAAUGGUUGCAUAUUUAUGUAUGGAAAAAUAAUCUGCCAUUCCAGUAUAUAUUUUUUUAAUUUGUGUUUGUGUAUGGUACAAACUGAAGUCUUAGUGAUGACUUCUCUCCUUUUACCUUUUAAGUAUAAAUGUUAAAUUAAAACUUCUACAUCAUAUGGUUUCAUGUGAAGAGUUGUCUCAUUGGCAAUCAUACUACAUCUUUUUAUUUUUGUAUAAAAUGCAAAUAAGAUAUAUGUCUGAUGAUGGUUUGAUAUUAUAGUAUGAAAAUAAUCAUGUUGUUGUGAACAUGUAAAACUGCCAAAUGCAUUAUGCCAACAUAAAUUAAAAUUGACACUUUCAGUUUCAGUACAAGCAAAACAAAUUUGAAUAUACUUUAGGUUUUUUUCAUAUGAAAAGACAUGAAAAUUCAUGAGUUUGCUGGUUGUUAUUUUUCUCACAUAUUAAUGCAUUUAUUAUUUGUUACGGAGGGAAUGUUUUGUUCAAAUUUAAAGGGUUAUAAUGCAAUAAUGUUAAAAUAUUCUACGAUACAUUAAAAUAAACGGUAUCCAUCUUUUGUUUACAAUAAAUGAUAUGCAAUAUC